AUGUCUACGGAAGAGGACAAUACUUUGCCAGAAGGAGGCGAAGAAUCGAUGGAGGAAGGAUCGGUGAAUCUUGACGCGACUGCCGAGGAGACUGAAGAAGACGAGGAACACGAGGCCGAGGAAGAAGCCGGUCCAUCGGAGAAGAAAAAGUCGGGAAAGAAGAAGGGUCGUGGAAAGAAGGGAGCGAAGAAGAGUGCUUCUACCACCGCCGUUAAGGUUGAGAUUCCGGAUCCGUACAAGUCGACGAGCGAGGAAAUCUGCACCGCCGCCGGGCUAAACGACGUUGAACUGGACUUUGAGUUGGAGGAAUAUCAGGGAAUCACCAGUUUAAAGGUAAUGGGUCUUUUUCAAUUCUGUAAAAGUGAAGUCCACAGAUUGACCCCCUACACGUACUAUGGGAACGGGGUGCAGACUAAUCGGUGCUAUUUGGCUGAAACAAAUCCGUUUGGUCUGAGACUUGGCCAAAUAGUUAAGAACGUGAUAAUAUACAACAUUUUGAAUUAGGGCCACUCCAGAAUUGCGUCAGUACGUACGCGCGCCGCGUGAAACUUUUGUACGGGUAACGGUGGACCACCCUGUAGAAAGAAAUCUAAUUUUAUGAAUUCAAUAAAACUAUUUUCCAGGCGUUCUCCUCAGUCAUCCGGCCACUCGUAAUGGAAGCGAAUCCGGGCGCUAACGUGUCCAAGAUCUAUCCGCUACUCCAAGUGAAGUACAAGGAUUUCCAGGAGUAUAUGACUGCUCAAGGAAAGCCACUGCAGAAGCAGCAACGAGGUGGCGUGAAAACGCCUGCCGCCGCGACGCCGACAAGAGAGAAGGCUGCCCCUCAGAAGACUCGCUCUUCUCGCAGAAAGCGUCGCGAUUCAGACGGCCCGGACAGUGAUCAAGAGUUUGAGGCGAUGAUCAAGCAGCACGAGAAGCAGGAGGACGAUCGCGUAAAAGAGAAAGAGGAGGCGAAGGCGAAGAGAGCGGCUGCGAAGGUGGAAAAAAAGAAAGCCGAUUUGGAAGCGGCUCGUGCUGCGAAGAAAGCACAGAAGGAGAAGGGAGAAGAAGUGGAGAACCAGAAUCACUGUGAGGAGUGCAAGCAGGGCGGAGAGCUUCUGCUCUGCGAUACGUGUCCACGUGCCUACCACACUGUUUGCAUCGAGGCGAUGGACGAGCCGCCAGAGGGAGACUGGAGUUGUCCGCAUUGCGAGGAGCAUGGUCCAGAACUGCCUGUGAAGCAGGAAGAAGAAGUCAAGCAGAACGACGACUACUGCAAAAUCUGCAAAGAGACGGAGAAUCUGCUGCUCUGCGACACUUGCACUUGCUCGUUCCACGCCUACUGCAUGGAUCCUCCACUCACGGAAGUGCCCAAGGAAGAAAAGUGGUCGUGUCCGCGUUGUACACUCGUGCAGCCAGCGCAAAGAAUCGAGAAGAUUCUAAGUUGGCGAUGGAAAGAGAUUCAAUAUCCGGAACCACUGGCCGAAGGUGUGGAGGCCACCGAAGAGGAUUUGCUUCUCAAACCGCCGAGAAAAAUGGAGACCAGAAAGGAGCGCGAGUACUUCGUCAAAUGGAAAUAUCUGUCGUACUGGCAGUGCGAAUGGAUUUCCGAUGCUAUGAUGGAGGUGUUCUUCACAAUGGUAAGCAUUCGUUUCAAAGAUUUGCAUAAGAAAUUCUUCUUAAUUUCAGCUAAUUCGUAUGUAUUGGCGCAAAACGGAUCCGGAGACGCCGCCAGACUGUGAGGAGUCCACCACUUUCCGCCAUCAUUCUGACAACGAUCCGUACAAAUUGAGAGAGCGUUUCUAUCAGUAUGGAGUGAAACCGGAGUGGAUGCAGAUCCAUCGCAUCAUCAACCAUCAGACGUACGCUAAGAAUCAACACGACUAUUUAGUCAAAUGGAAGGAGCUCUCUUACGACCAGGCGACGUGGGAGAGGGAUGACGCUGAUAUGGCCAACUACGAGGACGCCAUCAUUCGGUACUGGCAACAUAGAGAGCGCAUGUACAGUGAUGAUGUGCCGAAGGUGGUGCAAAAGAUGAUAGCAAAGCAUCGAGAGGCGAAAGGAUUGCCGCCGAAGGAGGAGGAAUCGAGACGUCCAAAGAAACGAGAGAAGGUGGACAUACGGAAGAAGUACGACGUGCAGCCGGAUUACAUCAGCGAAACGGGCGGAAACCUUCAUCCGUAUCAGCUCGAGGGAAUAAACUGGCUUCGACAUUGCUGGUCCAAUGGAACCGACGCAAUUUUAGCCGAUGAAAUGGGCCUUGGAAAGACUGUUCAGUCGCUUACAUUCCUCUACACUCUGAUGAAGGAAAAUCACACGAAAGGCCCAUUCCUCAUUGCCGCUCCCCUCUCCACCAUCAUCAAUUGGGAGCGUGAAGCUGAGCUGUGGUGCCCCGACUUCUACGUCGUCACCUACGUCGGAGAUCGUGACUCGCGAAUGGUCAUUCGAGAGCACGAGUUUUCGUUCGUCGAUGGAGCUGUUCGAGCCGGUCCGAAAGCGUCAAAGUUGAAAACGCAGGAAAAUAUGAAGUUCCAUGUGUUGCUCACUUCGUAUGAGUGCAUCAACAUGGACAAAACUAUUCUUUCGUCAAUCGAAUGGGCGGCUCUUGUCGUCGACGAGGCGCAUCGCUUGAAAAACAAUCAGUCGAGCUUCUUUAAGAAUCUCUGCGAGUACAAGAUUCAAUACCGUGUGCUGCUCACCGGAACUCCGCUCCAGAAUAACCUGGAAGAAUUGUUCCAUCUUCUUAAUUUCCUCGCUCCUGAUCGCUUCAAGUAAGUUGAAUAUAGUUUAUAGAGUAAUUCGAAUCAAUUUUUCAGUCAGCUGGAAACUUUCACCGCCGAGUUCUCCGAAAUCUCGAAAGAGGAUCAGAUUGAUAAACUUCACAAUCUACUCGGCCCGCACAUGCUUCGUCGUUUGAAAGCCGACGUGCUCACGGGGAUGCCAUCUAAAUCCGAACUUAUUGUUCGUGUGGAGCUCAGUUCAAUGCAGAAGAAGUACUACAAGCACAUUCUGACUCGUAACUUUGACGCGUUGAAUGUGAAGAACGGAGGAACUCAAAUGUCGCUCAUUAACAUUCUUAUGGAGUUGAAGAAGUGCUGUAACCAUCCGUAUCUCUUCAUGAAAGCGUCUCUCGAAGCCCCGAAGCUGAAAAAUGGAAUGUACGAAGGCAGUGCGCUGAUGAAGAACGCUGGAAAGUUCGUGCUACUUCAGAAAAUGAUGCGUAAAUUGAAGGAAGGCGGACAUCGUGUGCUUAUUUUCUCGCAAAUGACCAUGAUGCUUGAUAUACUCGAAGACUUUUGCGAUGUCGAGGACUACAAGUACGAGAGAAUCGACGGUAGUAUCACGGGACAGAUGAGACAGGACGCCAUCGAUCGAUUCAAUGCUCCCGGAGCUCAGCAGUUUGUCUUCUUGCUUUCCACUCGUGCCGGAGGUCUUGGUAUCAAUUUGGCCACCGCAGACACUGUCAUCAUAUACGAUUCGGAUUGGAAUCCUCACAACGACAUCCAGGCGUUCUCGCGUGCUCAUCGUCUCGGACAAAAACACAAAGUGAUGAUCUAUCGCUUCGUCACGAAGGGAUCCGUCGAGGAAAGAAUCACGACUGUUGCCAAGAAGAAGAUGCUUCUGAAUCACUUGGUUGUACGUGCCGGAUUGGGAGGCAAAGAAGGAAAGAGUAUGAGCAAAAGCGAGCUGGACGACGUCCUGCGUUGGGGAACCGAAGAGCUGUUCAAAGAGGAAGAGGCUCUAACUGCCGACGCUGCAGACGGAGGCGAGACGAGCGAGAAAAAGAAAGCGUCGGAGCAGGAGAUUGUGUGGGACGACGCUGCCAUUGACUUCCUGCUCGAUCGAAACAAGGACGAACCUUCUGCAGAUGCUGGUGAAGGAGAAGGAAAAGCCGACUGGCAAAACGAGUAUCUGAGCUCAUUCAAAGUGGCUAGUUACACGACAAAAGAAGCGGAAGGACAGGAAGAAGAAGAGGAAGAAGAUAUGGAAGUCAUCAAGGAGGGAGAUGGCAAGGAGCCAGAUCCGGAUUACUGGGAGAAGCUGCUCAAGCACCACUACGAACAAGAUCAGGAGAUCAAGUCGCAGAGGCUUGGAAAAGGAAAACGUGUGCGCAAGCAGAUCAAUUACGCUAGUGAAAACAUGGGAACCGAUUGGAAUAAGCAGGAUGUGAGUCAUAGUCGGGGUCAAUACAUGUCUUAUUCUUUACUUUUCAGAAUCAGAAUCAAGACGACGAUGACAACGAGUCGUACAACGGUUCGGACAACGGAGAUCCUCUAAAUUCGGACGACGACGAUUAUGAUGAGAAAAAGAAGCGACGUCGUGACGAGAACUCGGAGAAGAUGCCACCGCUCAUGGCCAAGGUGAACGGGCAGAUCGAGAUUCUCGGAUUCAACACUCGUCAGCGAAAAGCUUUCUACCAGUCGGUGAUGCGAUGGGGAAUGCCCCCUCAGGACUCAUUCCACUCUCCAUGGCUGGUUCGUGAUCUACGCGGAAAGUCGGAAAAGGUGUUCCGAGCGUACGCCUCUCUCUUCAUGCGUCACUUGUGCGAGCCGGGAGCCGAUGGAGCUGAGACAUUCAACGAUGGAGUGCCGAGAGAAGGACUGAACAGACAGCAAGUGCUGGCGCGAAUCGGACUGCUCAGUCUGAUCCGUAAAAAGGUGCAAGAGUUCGAAGCAUUCAAUGGUGAUUGGUCGAUGCCGGAGAUCCAAGACCAAGUGCUCGCGAAGGAAGCCAACGGAUCGGCUGAGGCGUCAUCGUCUGGAACUUCAAAGGCUACAAGCGUAGAGCCAAAGGGGGAAAUAAAGGAGGAAGUAAAGGAGGAAGUGAAAGAAGGAUCUGCUGCAGAAGGCGAGCAGCCAAUGGAGACGGACACUCCGACGGAGAAGGAGGGUGAAACGAAGGAAGAAGAGAAGCCGACUCCAAAAGCACUUCGUCCACCAUUCAAAUUCAACAUCUGCGACGGUGGAUUCACCGAACUGCACACUCUGUGGGCUAACGAGGAGAAGGUGGCGAAGAGGGGAAGAGAGUACGAGAUCUGGUACCGUCGCCACGACUACUGGCUUCUUGCCUCCAUCGUCGUACAUGGAUACGGUCGUUUCCAAGCCAACUUCCAAGAGACUGUCAACGAUCCUCGUUUUGCCAUCCUCAAUGAGCCAUUUAGAGAGGCCGGUGCGGCCGAUACAAACGUUGACAUCAAAGUGAAGUUCAUGCAGCGUCGUUUCAAACUUCUCGAGCAAGCGCUUGUAAUUGAAGAGCAACUCCGUCGUGCCGCCCACGCGAAUCGUCAUCUCCAACCUGAUAAUGUUGGACCGCUGGCUCAGCGAUUUGCCGAUCUGGAGAACAUUGCCGAGUCGCAGGCGAACACUGCUAAAGACAGUUCUGCUGGAAAUCGCAAUGCGAACGCCGUUCUGCACAAGUGUCUCGUGCAACUCGACGAAAUUCUGACCGAUAUGAAGUCGGACGUGUCGCGCCUUCCGGCCACUUUCACCCAGUUGACUCCAGUUACUGAAAGGCUUCACAUGACAGAGAGACAGUGAGUGUUACACGAUUUUAUUAUUAGCUUUCCUAACGUGAUAGUUGGAGAUAGAAUCGUUGAUCUGCCCUCGUUGUUUUCGAAGCCAACGAUUUGGUAUAAUACCAGAAUAACGAUUUUAUAUCCAACUUUCACGUACGAUGAAGACAUCGACUAUAUGAAAGAAUCGCAUUAACUUCCUUUUUUUUCAGAAUAUUGUCCCGUCUGACCACUAAAGACGAGGAUGCGAAGGCUCUGCGUACACCACUCCCACCACCUGGACCGUUCGUCACUCCAAUGCUUCGUCAACAACUUGAUGGAAUCCAGCCUAAGUUUGCCGCUUUGUUCGGACAACUCAUGAACGAUAAUGGGAAGAUGGAGGAAGACGAGCCGGCGCCGAUGGAAGAGGAAACCGCUGUUGUUACAGAGGAAGGAGAAGCGCCUCCUGUCUUGAAAUCAGGUAAAAGGACUUAGAAAGCGGCAUGAUUUUGACAUUCUUUUUUGCAGAAGUCGAAAGUGAGCAGCAGAUACAGCAGGAAGAGCCAACUCCGAGCACUUCGGCUGCCGGAGGGGAAGACACAGUUGUAGAGGAGGCUCCGGCACAAGAAGAAGAAGAGCAAAAUGAAGAAGAGCCAAUGGAGACCUGA